CCCGCCGCGCCGCCAGGGGGCGAGGGGCGCUGGGGGGGCGCGGCCGCCGCCGCCGCCGCGGCAGCCCGAGCGGAGGAAGAUGGCGGCGGCCGGCCCCGAGCAGAAUCCCAACCUCUCAGACUGUUUCCCUACCUAAUUCUGAGUUUUCGUAGGGUUACGGUGGCUUCCAGAGUGUCACCAAGGAAACCUCUUUCUGGACAUCAUCUCCUUCUUCAACAAUAAGGAAAGCAGAAGACAUUUUUACCCUUUACAUUAGUGUAUACACACACACAGAGUAUAGCAAGCUUAAGGUGCAGCUUCAUGAUGCGUUUCAGAUGAGCAAAUCUAAGGCCAUCAAAAAAAUCAACGCUUUGCCUGAAGAACUGAACCCUAAAACAGCAACUAACUGCAGUCGAGGAAGCAAAGUUCUAACGGCCCUGUGAAGAAGUCUAUGCGUGAGAAGGCUGUAGAACGCAGGAAUGUUAAUAAGGAGCACAACAGUAACUUUAAAGCGGGAUACAUUCCAAUUGAUGAAGACCGUCUCCAUAAGACAGGCUUACGUGGCAGGAAAGGCAACUUGGCCAUUUGUGUGAUCAUUCUUCUUUUCAUUUUGGCUGUCAUCAAUUUGAUUAUUACACUUGUUAUCUGGGCUGUGAUUCGAAUUGGUCCCAACGGCUGUGACAGUAUGGAGUUCCACGAGAGUGGCUUACUGAGGUUUAAGCAAGUUUCUGACAUGGGUGUUAUACAUCCGUUAUAUAAAAGCACUGUAGGAGGCAGACGUAAUGAAGAUUUGGUGAUUACUGGAAAUAAUCAGCCUAUUGUAUUUCAGCAGGGAACAACAAAGCUUAGUGUGGAGAAGGACAAAACUUCUAUUACAAGUGAUAUUGGCAUGGAAUUUGUUGACCCACGGACACAAAACACCUUGUUCAGCACAGACUAUGAAACUCAUGAGUUUCAUCUGCCAAAUGGAGUUAAAAUCUUGAAUGUACAAAAGGCUUCUACAGAGAGGAUUACCAGCAACGCAACUAGUGAUCUAAACAUAAAGGUUGAUGGACGUGCUAUUGUCCGUGGAAAUGAAGGAGUUUUCAUUACAGGCAAGACCAUUGAGUUUCGCAUGGGAGGUAACAUGGAACUUAAAGCAGAAAACAGCAUUAUCCUGAAUGGAACUGUGAUGGUCAGCCCAUCGCGAUUGCCAAGUUCUUCUUUUGGGGAACAGUUUAAUAAUGGUAACUGGUUGCGUUUCAAGCUCUGUAUGUGCGCAGAUGGAACACUCUUCAAGGUUCAAGUGGCAGGAUAUAACAUGGGUUGUCAGACUUCGGUCAAUCCAUGUGGAGCCACACACUAAAACACAAAGCACUACCCGGAGAGUUCUCGUCUGUGUUUACAUUUGUUUGUAUGAAGUAAUUGCAUGCCUUGAAGCAUUUCUGUUUUUACAGCAGUUUAGACUAACACUGAUUGUAUUAUUUUUUUAAACACAGGUUAUGCUCAGCAAUAUUAUUUCAUCAUCGCAUUUGUCCUAAUAGUGGCUCUAAUUUAGUAAGGUGCUGUAACAUGUUUCAAUUUACAUGCAUACUGAAGUACCUUCCUGAAUUGGGACCAACAGAAUUUAUUUAAAGGCAACAUGAUCUUAGAAAUGAUAUUGACUGCCUUCAGUUGUCUCUAAAGCAGGUUUUUGUCCUGCCUCCCAAUUCCUUGAAGAUUGCUGAGAACAAAACAGCAAUUUGAAGUACUUCAACAGGAACAUCAACGUGCUGUUUGAAGCAGACUUGUCUAGGAUGGUUGAAGUGGCAAACUUUGUGUCCUCUACUCUCUCUCUUACCAAAGAUUGAUAUAAAGAUUUCUCUCCAAAUUAAGUGGUCUACCAUGUGUGCACUAAAAGACAGACAGUGGCAGAUUCACUUUUAAAUAUUGCGUUACUUCUACCAUGUAGUCUCAUGGAGUUAAAAAAAAAUUAUUCUACCAUUAAUAAUAUUUGCAAAAUAAUAUAUAGUAUGGAAAUAUAAUUUUAAUUUUGAAAUAUUCUAGCUGGUUAAUAGUGCAAAUUGUAAUUACUCACGUGUUUCUCGAGCUCCAUAAUAUCUGGGCAGUUUAGGUAUUCUACACUUGCUUGAUUUAUGUGAAGUAUUUAUUUUUUUUAAUAUGUACUGAUAAUUUGCUCUCUACUCAAAAGUAUUUUCCUGGGUGCUUUAAUGUGAACAAUAUAUUAAUUUGUUUUUUAACAGCUGAUAAGCUAAAGCAUGGCAUGGCUAUAAGCAACAGUGUUUGAGAUUAGGUCUCUCUUUCCCACAAAUAUGAGUACCAAUGCAUUACUGAGAACCUCAGAAUUAAAUUCUGAAUUUAACAAAACUGCAAGUCUGUAAUUCUAAAUGUGAUGGUAUUGGAUCCCAUGACAGCACAGUAAACGUGUAUCUGAAUUUGUCAACAGUGAAACUUUGUAUAUGAUGAACUGAGACCUUACAGAAAUUAUUAUAGCCUUAUAACUACUUUGGAGAGAUAAGGUGUUUUGUGCUAAAAACAGACCAGCUCAUUAUAAGAUGUGGUUUUUUUAGUUUAAAGUAUUAUCUGCAGUAGCAUCAAGUAACCUUAACGAAGGCCACAAAGGUGACUUGACAAGCACUUGACAAGCUUUCUAGAUAAGCACACACUUUGCUUCCUAAAAGUUUUACAAAUGUUACAUAUUAACUUCAGAUUGAAUUUUUUAUUUGUUAUGGGAAGACAAAUUACGAUGUUUUAUAGCUUCCAAGUACACAGAAUUCCACAAAGGACAAGUCAGUCCCUGCUGCAAGGAACUUCCUAUCUAAGGUCUUGAUUCCUGCCUUUGACUAGAAGUCAGUAGGAGCUAAAUGGGUGGAAGUGAUUUUAGAGGGGGGAUCUGUAGGUCAGGCAUUAUGCCACACAGCAGGUCAGAGGGGUCACAUGAGGGAAGUAUGUCAUUAAAACUGCAUAAAAGCACAGCAAAGUUUUGAUGCUCAGAUGGGAGUCAGGGUUAUUUUGAACAAAAAUGGAAUAAAAUAAGUCACUUAAUUGCUCACAGUAAAGAUUAUGGAAAAGUGCUCACAUUUUGCACACUGCAUUUGUAGUUUUACUACAGUUGGUAUUAAUCAUGUCAAUAAAGAUUUUGCUGAAACCAUGCAUGCAUACAUCUUUCCUGGUCUAAAUGGUGCCAUAAUUAGUAUUUGUUGCAAUUAAGUGGAGGAAACAAACCAUAACAGAACUUUUGCUCUUUUAAUAGUAGUAUCAGCAGAACCCUCAAAGCUGAAAUAGAUCUUGGUAAAUAACAAAUACUGCUUCGACCAAAUAGACUACAUAUAAAGGACACAUUAUAGCUUGUAUGGUUAAUACUGAUAUGCCUAUAUGCAAAUAUUGGAUUCUAUACCAGUAAUUUUCAGAACUCUUAUUAAAAUACUACAUGCAAUAUAGCUGAAAAAUUUCUUGCAAAGCUACUUUUAAAUUAUGGUUUGGAGAAUUGUUUUUGAAGUGUGGAUUUUUAGUCAACAAACUAGCAAAACCAAUCAUACAGAUACCAAUUAAUAUAAAUUAUCAAUUUGUUAGCCAUUAUUUAUGUAUUGUUAAUGUAUUUUAUUGCUUUCACUACAGAAUUUGAGAAACAUUGAUGCCGUACAUGCUGUGUUGUGCAUUUUUUGUGGUUUAUCUUCUAACUGCUUAACAUACAUUUUUCUGUACUUGUUUAAAAGUGUGACACAUUUCUUUUAAUCCUGCAGAUGCACUUGAGAGUCUAGACGUGUUUGAAAUACAGACUACACGCCUGUAUAAAAUAGAGCACUGUACUUUAAAACAACUUACAUGUGAAGAAUUCUCUGCAUUUGUAAAGGUGGUGGUUGUUUCAAUAAGACAAUUGAAUUUCUCACCUUUGUUUUGAAAUGGAACAAUAAAUUCUAAGACACAA